CCGAGCCGUAUCGAGCGUGGCCGAGGCCGACCGUGUAGUGGAAAUGCGCCAUUAGUGCAGUCGACAAGACCAUGGAGGAAACGUUCAUGCGCUUUGCCAAAUCAUCAGGUGGCUUCACUGGACUAUACAGCCAGUUUGGGGCAUACCAGAGGUGGUGUCAAACAACCUCCACACGGGCACAGUUUUAUCAAAAGACCCUUGAGAUGGUGGACCUCAUCAAAGACCCAGACUGCCCAAGGGCGGGGAAACAUCGGGAGCUGGAGAAGGCAGAGGUCAAAAAGGGUGAGGAGGCCAUUCAGCGAACCAUCGUGACAAUUAGGAACUUUAGGAACCCCUUCACCAUCUCAGACAAGGACAGGCUCUACUCCCUGGCUUCUGGUGCUCCUGUCCUCAUGGAGGUCGAGAUGGACGUGCUACAAGCAGAAACUGUGGACAAGGCUGCUAAAGCUGAGUUCAUCAAACGGCUACAGAGCAGAGAGCCAGCUAGCUUCUUUGACCCAAUCAAAAAGAAGAAGCUCAAGACCAUGGAAGCUUGUAACAAAAAGGUCACCCUCACAUCCUCACAGGGAAAGGUCAUCCAGUAUCAGGAGCAAAACAAUCUUGCUUUCCUGCUCCUUGUCAAGUCACAACGUGCAGAGGACCCAUUGGUCUUGGAGGAACUCAUGAAAUAUCCCCUAAUGCCUGUGCCCCCUAGCCUUGGGACACCAGAUGGGUUUUUCUCCAAGACUAAUAAAGCGGCUCUUCUGCACUACAAUCUGGAGGACACCACCCCAAAGGAUCUGCCAUACCCUAAGGAUGCCCUGUUCAUCCAGGAUGGCAUGGCUCUGCUCCAUGUCCUCACCAACCUUCCCCCAACAUGUGGGGAGAUAUGCCUACAAGUGCUUGAUCAGAUGGUGGCCAAAAAGCACUUUUUGUUCUCGACUGACAGUUACCAUCCAGGAUCUAUCAAAGCACAGGAGAGGUUGAGACGUGGCAGUUCAGAGAAGAUAAUUUUGGCUGGACCAGCAACCAGGAAGCCAUAUGACUUCAAGAUGUUUCUCACAAAUGAUGACAACAAAAAGCAACUCUGCCAGCUCCUGCUGCGAGUAUGGAGUGAUCAACAGGCAGCUUCAAGGCUGGAGAGAACAGAAAUGGCAGUGCUGAUCGUGGAAGGGAGAGCCCAUCAACUUCUCUCCUCAAACGGCAAGGUUGAGGUACGUGAGCUCCCCACAAUCUACAGCAACCAGGAAGAGACUGAUACAAGGGUGGUACUCUACCUUCAUCAUGCUGCUGCCCUUGGGUACAAGAAUGCUGUAGUCAGAACACCUGACACAGAUAUCUUUGUGAUUCUUCUUUACCACGCUCAUGCCAUCAGGCUGACUAUAUACCUGGAUACGGGGUCAGGGAAACAUAGACAACUUCUCAACCUCUCUGAGCUUGCAGAAUCCCUGGGAGAAGACUACUGUGCCACACUUCUUGGAUUCCAUGUGUUCAGCGGAGAAGACUGCACCAGUGCCUUCAAAGGGAAGGGGAAGGUGGGGCCCUUGAAAAAGCUGGAGAAGAACCCAAAGUUUCACAGGGCGUUCAGUCAACUCGGUGACAACUGGAAUGUCAAGCCUGAGGUGCUGAAGCAGUUGGAGCAAUUCACCUGUCUGAUAUAUGGAGAGAGUCGUGAGUCUUCAGUGGACGUAGUCCGUGCCAAGUUGCUGCGCAAAAUGGUGGGGCAGGACGAUAAACUCACUGCCAAGUCUAAGGUUGACCUGGCUCGCCUUCCUCCAUGCUAUGAUGCUCUGAAGCCGCACGUCCAACGUGUGAACCAUCGCGUCGCCCUGAACAAGCGAGCUGAUGAAUCAAUUUUAGAAAAACCAAACCCCUAUGAUGAGGAGCAGGGAUGGAUGAGGACUGAUGGAGUGUUGAGACCGGUGUGGUCCUGUGGUCCUGUCCUGCCAACCUCCCUGGUUGAUCUCCUGGACACGACAGAGCGUGAACAGGAAGAGGAAGAGGAAGAGGAAUUUGACUCUGAUGAUAGCAUUGAAAACGAUGAUUGAGUAUUAAUCAGAUAGUGGAGAGCCAAACCUUGACUGCUUAUCUGGAAUGGGAAAGAGUAGUCACAUCAAUACUUAUAUUAUGAUGUUUGACCCUUGCUGUAGGCUAGUACAAAACAAAUAAAUAUUGGUUAAAUACACAACAUCUGUCUCGACACCUUAUUUGUUCACUUACUGUACUGCAAUAUUGGCGUCUCUUAAUUUGCAUAGCAUGCCACAGAUACAUGUGAUCACUUUGGGAAUAGUUUUAUUGUGAUCUUUGACCAUCAAAACAUGGGUCUAGACACAUUAUUUGUUCAUUUAUCUGCAAUAUUGGCUGAGAUAGAGUGAAAAGUGUGAAAAUUCCGUUUUUGGUAAUGGUGACACUAAUUUGCAUAAAAAAUACAUGUGGGACAUACAGACAACAUUUUAACAUAGCUCAUCAUUUUCUACAUACUUUUUCCACUUAGGAAACACUGUAUAUAAGUAUAUUUCUGUGUCGGUGCAAAAUACACCGUUCUUGGUACAAGACUAAAAUGCUAUUUUCUUGUAAUGGCGGCACUAAUUAGCAUAAUAGCAUGCCACAGACACAUGUGAUCACUUUAAGAAUAGUUUUAUUGUGUUCCUUGACCCUCAAAACAUGGAUCUGGAUACCUUAUUUGUUCAGUUAUCUGCAAUAAUGGCUGAGAUAUAGUGAAAGGUGUAAAAAGAGUGAAACUCGAUUUUUAGGGUAAAUAAACACUAAUUUGGGAAAAAAAUAUACGUGGGACAAUUUGCCAACUUUUUAACAUAGCUAA